AUGUCAAUAUUGAAAUUCAUUCAAUCAAGCGCCAAAAACUUGUCCUGUAAGAGAAUAGCAGAGAUCAGAAAACCCUUACCUAUUUUCAACAACUUUACUCCAUGUUCUAAAGUGGAUGUCAUUCGAGUUUUUAGGGGAGUAGAGUAUUACGAAAUGGUUGAAUUUACACUCAAAAUAAGGGGAAAUCUUGAAGAACAGUUUGAAUUCUUUUAUUUGAAAUACAGCUGGGAAUACUUUAAUGGAGAUGAAACUUUCGUUGAUGUAUAUUUAUCCUUAUAUUUCGACAAUCCACAAAAUUCAAAAACACUCUAUGCAAAUAGUUCUGAAAAAGAUGAACAGUUCUUGAUUUCAGACUCUUUCGCUACGAACUAUCUAGAAGAGAUUGAGAAAAUAUUAGGAAAUGGAACCAGUGAUGCUGAGGCACUUUUGGAUUUAUUGUUUCAAUACCUAACUGGCUGUAGUAAGAAACUCUUUUACAUUCGAGAUUAUUACUACAAUCCUGGUACGGAAAGCGGAGCUAGUAGAAAGGCAUUCCAACUCGUUAAUGGAAUAUCUACAGCACAAGAGCUUUGUUUUGAGGAGGACUUUUUUGAUUACGAAUAA